GCAGCCGUGUACGGUGCGUCUCGUCCACUUGGCAACUAGUGCGCGGCGGUGCCGUAUCGCGCUACGCGCGCUGAUAUUGCCCCACUUCGACGCCGCUCCCUCAGAGUCUGGCUGCUCCCGCCGUAGGAUGCACAAGACAGCCGCGCCGCGCUCGUACUCGGUCAGACAUGUCGUACUCGCUCGUGCGUUCAGGCUCGAUUCAUGGACCACAUACACAGCCAGGACGGGCAGACAACGUCGACCUGCUCGAGGAUUCGACUCCACACCUCGAGUUCGCAGUUCCGGCCGCCUCCCGUUUGUCUAGAUGCACCGGCAGGCCUGGAUGCGAAGAGCCGUCUCGAUUUGUCCCCCACGACGGGCAGAUACGACUGCACCCGUGCAGCGCGCCAUUCAAUUGCGCAGGAGCCACCGAACACCCGAGCACCGUGCCCACCCCCAAAUCGACCUCAGGGCCGGCAACCGCCUAAUAUCCAGGACGCAUCAACGGCCACGACGGAGCACACGACGGCUGAAACGCGCGACGGGCGCGGACGCAAUUACGGCGGGCGAACGGCGCGCGACGCGGAGACUUGGGGACCAGACAAGCGGAUGCGAACUUGGUGGGGUGUAUCUCCGCGGCGCGGUGAGUGGGUUUCGUAAAUUCGUUGUGUGCGAGAUCGGCGGCUCGCGUAUCUGUCGUAUCGGUGGAAGCCCGCGGCGCAGAUGUGAGUUCGGAGAUUGUGCGACUGCGCAGGUUGCUGGGCCGUCUGAUGCGGCGUGUGAGUCGUUCAUGCGGGACUUGGUUCGCGAGGAGGUGCGCAGAGGCUAGCGUUAGGUCUCGAGAGGGACGACAUGGCCGAUGGCUCGCAUAGCUAUGUUCAUGAGGAGGUGGAAUGUGUGCGCCUGAGAGACACGGGAGCAGGGAGAGUCACGAAUAAGCCGUAAGGGCCCUUGUACAAAACUGCAUCCCGAGCGGACACUCGCCGCAAACCUUUCGCUCGAUACAGUGCACAUCUGGGCCAUAUUGUGUGCACUCGCCCGCCGAAACAAGAACCGCAUGCACGUCCUCACGUAGGAUUAUUAUAAUUUAUUGUAUGGUUUAAUCAUGGCCGCUGCCGCAUGAACACCGCGGUGGAUGCGCCAUGCACGUAUACCUUAUGAGGACGGCGCACAAUGAAGAUCACGUGGUGAAGCGGGCACACCGGUACUGCCAGACGCUCUGGGUGCGCUCGCUUCGACGGCACCGCGGCGCGAGGAAACACGCGGCCGGGAUGCGAACGGCGCAAAUGGCAAUUUCGCGUUUCCUCGACGCGUACACGACCCUGAGCACCGCACUUGCGACACAAGCGUGUUGUCUACGGAACAAGCGGGCUACUCGCCCUCCAUUCGAGUUCGUGGGCGACCCUUACGCCUUGAUGUUCUUCGCUUCCGCGAAGUUCCGCGAUGAGAUCUUCCUCGCGUACGGCGCGAAACUCAUCGGGUGGCCCGCCGACAUCGAGUUCAUCAACCCGAGCGACAUGAAGAAUCCGACCGCGAAGGUCCGCGCUCUGCUCGACGCGUGGGCGGACGGCACGAUGCGGUGGGCGUGGGUGUCCCAGGACGAGUUCAUCGCCGGGCUCUACGACAUCCGCAGUGCGUGCCCUGGCCCGCACUUCCCGAACCCCAUCCCCAAGGGCGGCCGGAACGACAUUGGGAAGCGGCGCGCGCGGGCGUCGGAUGCGGAGGCCGACAAGUACCCUCCGCGGUUCGUGCGCGACGGGCCGAAGAGCUUCAGGUUCGUGUCGGAGGAGAUGGAGGAGGGGCUGUGGCCGGUGACGACAUGGGCGAGCAUCGGGAUGAUGUUGAUCCGGCAGGGCGAGCGGGAGGACGUCGAGGACGUUGCGCGCGAGGCCUCAGCGUCGACUUCGCCCGCGGGGCAGCUGUACUGGCACGGCGAGCUGCCCGAGGACCCGAUCGAGUCCUUCUGA